AAGUGGACCAAACCUAUCAUCAAUGCUGGCGAUGGUGUGGGAGAACACCCGACACAAGCAUUGCUCGACAUAUUCACCAUAAGAGAAGUGAUCGGAACUGUCAAUAACUUAGUGAUUACAUUAGUGGGAGAUCUGGCAAAUGGCCGGACUGUGCACUCAUUGGCCCGUUUACUCACACAUUACAACAAAAUAUCGCUACAAUUCGUAUCUCCAGAUCAGCUCCGAAUGCCUGAAGAAGUGAAAGAGUACUUAAGGAAGAAAGACAUCGGAUUCAGGGAAAUGACAUCAUUGGUGGACGCCUUACCCGAAACAGAUGUCCUGUAUAUGACUCGCAUUCAAAAGGAAAGAUUUGAGAACGAAGACAAGUACCGGUCGUGUUGUGACCACUAUAUAGUGACCCCACAACUCAUGACUAAAGCCAAGCCUAAAAUGAUUGUUAUGCAUCCCUUGCCGCGACUCAAUGAAAUACAGCCUGACUUUGAUUCGGACAAAAGAGCCGCUUAUUUCACUCAAGCAGAGAACGGAAUGUACGUCCGGAUGGCUCUCUUGGCUAAGGUUUUGGGCAAAAUAUAAACAAGUGCU